AUGGAUUCCGAUGGUAACCAUAUCGGUGGAGAAAACAACGGACAUGGUUCAUCGUCCAGCGGCGGCUGGGCCGUUAGCAUGGAUGAACCCAUUGACCCUGCAGUCCAAGUGUUCGCCUUCAUCAAAGAUCUUGUUGUUGGGAAAACAAUGCCAAUCUACUUCCCCUACAUAAAAGAUCCAACUUCUUUUCAAUUCUUCCCUAAAGAAACAAUCCAACACAUUCGCUUCUCGUCCGAGGCAAUCCCUGAGCUUCUCUUGUUCUUCACCUUCUCACUGGACUUGAAGCAAGCCUUGGCGAUGAGACAAACACUUGAGGUUUGCGAGAAGCAACCCAAAGAAGGAGAGGUCGGAGGCUGUGUGACCAAUAUAGAGUCAGUAGCUGAUUUUGCACGAGGCAUCUUAGGAUCAGACUCCAAAGUCGAAAUUCUAAGAUCGUCUCUACUUUCGAACCGGUCGACUCCCCUUGUCCAAAACUACACCAUAUUCGAGUUCACAGCUAUAUCGACCGGAGAUAUCGUACCGUGCCAUAACGAGCUGUAUCCUUAUCCUGUGCACUACUGUCAUUUCCAAUUGGGAGCAGAGAGCGAAGUGUUCAAGGUUUACCUGGGAGGUGAGAAUGGUGAGAUGGUAGACUUGGUGUUUCUGUGUCACAUGGAUACAUCGACAUGGAGGCCCGGUCAUGUCGCAUUCCGUCUUUUUGGGGUCAAGGCGGGGGACUCCGAAGUCUGCCACUUCCUGGCGGGACACGAUCUUACUAUGUUUCCUGUUCCAAAAGAUUAUGGGUUCAAGCAGCUGUGUUUGCAGAUAACCAGUGCUGAUUUGUGGUCAGAAGGUGAAUCUGAACCCACUGUUGUAAAUAAUCCUGAUCCAGAAACUUUUGCUACUACAAUUUUACAAUUUCAGAAUCAAAAGCUUGUACAAAAGCUAGAGGCUCAGAAGGUUGAGUAUUCUACUCUUGAGAACAAGUUCAUUCAACUGAAGGAGAAAUAA